AUGUUUAAGAAAUUCAGCGAGGUCUCUGAGAGCUCCAAGUUCCGGGGCUCGGCCAUCAUCGUCCUCAACAUUCUCCGGGGCUUCAACGUCGUCGGUCUGCUGUCAGUCGCUAUCGCGAACUGGGUCAUGAUCGUCGUGCCGCCAUUGAUGAAGCAUCACUUCUUCUUCUUCGACUUCGCCUCCCACUUUUUUGUCUCGGGCAUCGCCCUCUUCCUCCUGAUCUCGGAGACGGGACUCUUUGUAAACUUUUACAAGAACAACUUCGCCGUCCUCGGUCCCGAUCGUGGCUUCUUCUGGCUUGGCCUCGCCAUGAUCAUGUUGGGCUGCAAUGCCCUGGCCAACACCAACAAGCCCGACUUCACCGUCGAGGACCUCGGCCUGCCCCUGUGGCGCAUGGUCCUCGCCGCCGGCAUCCUCUGCCUCAUCUUUGGCUUCUUCAACUUCAUCGCCUCCCUGGUCUACCGCGACCCCCAGGCCCGCAUCGCGGCGCGCGAGUUCCGCAAGGACGGCAAUCUUGCUAAGGGCAAGAACUACGAGGACAUGCUCUCGCAGCGCAGCGCGUCGCUCCGCGACGAGAAGGAGACGUCGAGGGCGCGGCGCUACACCCAGGCCUUUAUGAGCAAGUUCGGCGGCAAGCGGCCCGAGAUCAGCCACCCCAUGCCGCAGCACGUCGACGUCGAGCGCGCCGCGUCCUCGCACAACGACGGCGACAGCUGGGCGCAGGACCGCGGCAGCCCCAUCGCGCAGGGCAUGCAGCGGCCUCCGACGGCGAUGCACCCUGCCUUCACGGGCGGCAACCGUGCAACCCGUUAUAGCGAGGUCAGCCACCUGAAUCGCUUCUAG